CUCAUAAACAGAAUUAACUCGAACUUGUUCUAUUUAUUUACACCAAAUCACAACUGCGUUGCGUAUUUUCAGGCCACGUCUAUGGUGAAAGAAAUCAUGGGGAAAAGAGGUGUAUCUACUCUAUGCAACAAUUUGUUGAAGAAACUAACGCGUGACGAUUUUCUUAGCGGUUGUCGUCGUGUUGUAGCUCCAGAUUUUGUGAAAAGGGGCACGAGCUCCUUUCACACUCUGACGUCGUCCAACCAAACGCCUCAAUUAUGCCAGAAACAUCAGUCCUCCCAGGUCUGCCACCUUCCACAACUUGAUGUUCCCGAUGUUCCUGCGGAUCUGUUCAAAGGGAUGUCAACCGAGUUCCCGUGCCUUACAAGAAAUAAGAUGACAGGUCCAGAACCAGAAUAUGACAAGAUUGUUUCUGGAUUUAAAUCACUCCAUUACCAGCAUCCGUUUGAGAUGAAGUACAACAAAGCGAGGUUACCAGAGCUACAUGUUGCCUACGAAACCUGGGGGAAAUUAAAUGAAUCCAAGAGCAAUGCUGUGUUGAUUCAGGCUGGACUAUCUGCUAGUUCCCAUGCUAAAAGUCACAGGGGAAACGUAAGGCCAGGCUGGUGGGAAAAGUUUGUAGGACCAGGAUGUGCUGUAGAUACUGAUGAGUUCUUCAUUAUUUGUCCAAACAACUUGGGGAGCUGUUACGGUACCACGGGUCCAUCGUCUAUCAAUCCUCUUACUGGCAAGCCGUACGCCACCACCUUCCCACUGGUCAGUGUGGACGACAUGGUGAAGGCCAACUUCUUGUUGCUGGACGCACUGGGCAUUGACAAGCUCCAUGCCUGUGUGGGCUCCUCACUAGGAGGUAUGUUGUCUCUGAUGGCUGCAGCAGAGUUCCCAGAGAGAGUGGGCAGGAUUAUUUCCAUCUCCUCUUGCGCCCAGUCCCACCCCUCCUCCAUAGCUAUGAGGUACCUCCAGAGGAAGACCAUCAUGUGUGAUCCGCACUGGAACAAGGGACACUACUAUGAUGGGCCUUACCCAAAAGUGGGCAUGAAACUGGCCAGAGAGAUUGCAACCAUGACCUAUAGAAGUGGUCCCGAAUGGGAUCAGCGGUUCAGCAGAAAUAAGAUUGACCCCAAUGGAGCAAACACCCUGUGUCCAACAUUUACCAUCGAGAGUUACCUGGAGCACCAGGGGGAAAGCUUCAGCACAAAAUAUGACCCCAACUCAUUACUGUACAUCUCCAAGGCCAUGGACCUCUUUGAUAUGGCGGAGGGAUAUGGCUCACUGAAGAAGGGAUUAUCCCGAGUGAAGUGCCCUGUCAUGGUGGUUGGUGUACAGACAGACAUACUGUUUCCCAUCUGGCAACAGAGAGAACUGGCCAAAGUUUUACAAGAAUCAGGAAACCUUGGUGUGACCUUCUAUGAGCUGAAUUCUCUGUUUGGACAUGACACCUUCCUUCUGGACAUCAAUGGAGUUGGAGCUGCUGUCAAGGUAUGUGUAAAACUGUGUAAUCUGGCUCAUUGUCUAGGCAUUUGGGUAAUUCUAAUGCUUUUCAGAUUCACUAUGAAUAUAGGUCACCUUAAAAGCAGGUAAACGUUUGCUUGUUUGAGGUUUUGAUAUUCUGCUUUUGCUUCACAGGUAAUAUAUUUUGUCACUAAAUCUGCUGCGGUUUAAACAAAUGUUUUUUAAUCACAAAGGACAUAUAUGCAAAUAUACACAUUAUGUAAUAGCAAUAUAUGCGUUAUGUUUGAUCACAGCAUAGCUGCAGAACUGUAGCUCUCUGAGGAAAAAUGGUCUUUUUUCAAAAAUCUUCUCAUCAGGAACAGCAGGGCCAUAAUUAGUCAUACUAAUAUGCAAACAUCCUCAGGUGUGCAUAUUUCAGUUUGUUCAAAUCAUGGCCCCAGGGGGUAGGUACAAAGUUUUACAUGGGAAUAUAUGGAAAGUAAAUUUGGAAAUCUGAUCAAUAACAGCACAAUUAUGCAAUCAUCCUCAAGUAGUGCAGAUUCAAGUUUGUUUGAAUCAUUGUUCCAGGAAGUAGGUUAGGGCCACAAUAGAGGAUCAAAAGUCUGCAUACAUAUAUUAAAAAAAUCUAAGAACCCACUGGUCAUGAUGAGUCAUAUUGAUAUGCAAGUAUUCCAAUGUAGUGCAGAUUCAUGUUUGAUCAAACUAUGACCCCUGGGGUUAGGGUUUGACUAAAAUAAGGAUUCAAAGUUUGACCUAAAAUAUGUAGGAAAUUAAAAAAAAGAAUUUCAAUAACAACAGGGCCAUACUAUAUCUUUAUAAUAUGCAAACAUUCUCAAGCUGUAUAGAUUCAAGAGUGGUUUUUUUUUUUUUGGGGGGGGGGGGGGGGGGGAGGGGGGCAAAGUUAGGUUGGGCCAAAAUCAGGGAUGCAAGAACAUAGGGAAAUCUUUUAAAAUCUUCUCCAGAAUAGCAAGGCAGUGUUAGUAAUUUUGAUAUUAAAGCAUUCCUAUGUUGUGUGAAUUCAAGUUUGGUUAAGUCAUGACCUCAUAGGGAUAGGGAGGGGUCAUCAAUUUUUGUGGGAAUAAGUAAAGUGAAUGAUAAAUCUCAGCAGGACCAACAUGACACAGGUAAGCAUUGUAGGCCCAUAGGCCUCUUGUUACAACAAGUGGAUCUGGACCUCUCCGGUCUAUCCAAAACUGUUAGUGAAUGAUGUCAACACUGAAAGACCAGAUUAUGAAAAUAUAGUAAUAAUGAUAAAAUGGUACAGUAGCUGCAGAUCUGGCAGAAAAUUGAGAUAUCCCAUUUUUAGCUCACCUGAGCUGAAAGCUCAAGUGAGCUUUUCUGAUAGCCUGUUGUCCGCCGUCUGUCUAUAAACUUUUUACAUUUUCAACUUCUUCUCCAGAACCACUAAGCCAUUUUCAACCAAACUUGGCAAAAAGCAUCCUUGGGUGAAGGGCUUUUACGUUUGUUCAAAUGAAGGGCCAUGUCCCCUUCAAAGGAGAAAUAAUCACAAAACUGCAAAAAUAGGGUAUUGGGCUAUUUUAAAAUCUUCUGUUAAAAGAACCACUGGGCCAGAAGAGCUGACAUUCACAUGAAAGCUUCCUGACAUAGUGCAGAUUCAAGUUUGUUAAAAUCAUGGACCCCAGGGGUUGGAUGGGGCCACAAUAGGGGAUCAAAGUUUUACAUACAAAUAUAUAGAGAAAAUCUUUAAAAUCAUCUUCUCAAGAACCAUUGGGCCAAAGAAGUUUACAUUUACAUGAAAGCUUCCUGAAUAGUGCAGAUUCAAGUUUGUAAAAAUCAUGGCCCCUGGGGUUAGGUUUGGGCCACAAUAGGGAUCAAAGUUUUACAUGCGAAUAUAUAGGAAAAAUCUUUAAAUAUGGGCCAAGGUGAGCAAUGUGGCCCAUGGGCCUUUUGUUUCAGAAAGCUACAGUUCUGUGCCUAACAAUGCGAAAGAGAUGCACCUGUUUUAGUCAUACCGAGUUCAAGAAAUGAAAGUAGUCUACUCUAUUCAUUGCUUAAACUGUGUCCAACAUCCAACAAUCACACACUCGAUAUUCCUAAAAUACAUCUCCACAAGGUCAUUGAAUACAUGAGCAUACAAGGUCAUUAUCUCUGUCCAAACUUUCACAUGUAUAUAAACUUCUAUAUAUUGUCAUAUUUUGCUUCAUAAGUUCACUUUGGAUGUUCCAAACAAACCAUGAGAUUCUUGUACACUAACUUUUUUGUACUAUAUUUUAUUAAACCCAAAUCACAAUGUAAGAUGCUGCUUCAAAUCCUAAACAAGACAUUACACUAAUACUCUGAUAUAACGAAUUUCUGCAUGUUAGCUCUAUUCGAGUUUUACUGUAUAUGGACUUUUAUUAAUACAACUCGGUAGACUCAGCUUAACUAAUGCAUUGAGCUACUUUUAAAUAUUGGUCUUGGAGUAGUGGCAUUUUCUCUCCAUCUGAUUAUUCAUUGGCUGUAAUAUAGAGGAAACAAUGACAGACCAAUGGCAGGAUGUUGAAAUCAGGAGAGAUAUAUAUAUAGCAGAAAGACCACCUUUUGCUUCAAAAUUAUCCAAGAUACUGGUGUGCAAUGCUAUAGAUCACAUAUGAGUUUGUUUGUUAUGCACUUUUUUGUAGGGAUUCCUGGAGACAAACUUGAAGUCGCUGGGGAUAGACUUUGUAAAUAAAGAAACUAUGCAGGAAAAUAUGCAUUCGAGAGAAAGAAUCUUUUUCUAAGCACGUGAAAUUUAUGCUUUCUUCUGAGGUACAGUGAAUACAGUACCAAAUUUUGAAGUUUUAAGGCAUUUCUUUUGUUUUAUACCUAAAGGCCAAUUCAACUUAAUUGGUAAGAUUAUUAUCAGGGUCACCAAAAAGUAUGGGGCAGGUGGGAGGAUUUUAUUUUUUUAUUUUUAUUUUCUGAGAAAAAUAUUAAUGACAAACAAUUUUUUUUCAACAGAAGUGCAUCAUUUAAUGUCAGAUGGAUAUCAAUCUAUCCUUAUUUUACAGACGAAUUCCAGGUUAAGCUUUAAUUUCAAACACAGAAAGAUACCUAACUUCUUCAAGAUUUAUGCCUGUAAGAACGCAAGAAAUUAAGAAAACCAUACAUCUAUUUUCUUCACGUUGCUAUACCGGAAAUGUAAACAAUAAGUGUAAAUACCGGAGUCAGACAUGUAAACUUUCCGGAAAUCGCAAGUUUUGGGGCGGGCGGGGAUGAUAAUCUAUCAAUUAAGUUGAAUUGGCCUAAUAGAUAUUUGAUAAUUACUGUCCAGCUAGUGGAAUGAUAUCAGCAAAACUUUUCAACUGUGCAAGCUGCGCAUUAAAACUGACUUUCAGCUUUUGGUUAUGCAAAGUGAAAAUGUACUUGUACAAGUACAUAAUAUAUUUACAUUUACUAAUAAUUUGUCAGUAUUAAACCUUUGCUGUUUUAAUGAUUUUAUUUCUCGAUAAAUGCACCAACCUUACCACCUGACAUGAAAACUUACUCAUUGUGUAUUUAUGGAAAGGAACAAGUAUUACCAAAUGUAAAUAUGUGUAUAAGGAAUAAAAGUGUCUAGUUUAUUUGUGUUAUGGGGGUGUGAAAACAGUGGAAACACAGGGGAAUUUCUGCAAAAUGAGGUCAAUCAAUUAAUAUGCAAAUUAUUCCAUGAUUGAAUUGUUUUAUACCCCUAUAAAUUAAUACAAUGGGUGAUCAAACAGUACUUGGACUAAAAUCUUUACAAGGGAUGUCAAUGAAAUUUACUCUGAGAAUAAAUAAACAAAUAGUAGCAUUGGGACAAUUUGUAAAUAUUUACUAAAUUUAAUUGUGACAUAAAAAAUCCCAGGUGUUGCGACUGGGUGCAAACUCUAAUGAUCACUUGACCUUUAUAACAUCAUAAAAGCAUAGCAAUUUCUUGACAUAUUCUUCACUAAAUUCAACUCUGGUGCCGAGAUACUUUGGUAUUAACACUUGACUGUAAAAGGGCCUGGCUGACAAUACUCAUUAGACAUCUGUAAGAUGCAUUUUCUUUCUAUUUUUUGUUAACUGAUCCAUAGAAAAUAUAUAGGGCAUGACAUUGGUAUGAUGCAUUUGUCCAAGUCCAAGGCUAACGUUUUGUCAAUCUUGCGAACCUUCAGUAUUUAGACUUAGACAUAUUAUAGCAUGUCCAUCUCUUCAAUGGUGGUUUUAUUUAAUUUAAGCCAUCCAAUGUGAUAUGUCCACAACUUUUAUAUUUAUCCUGUCUUCUCAAUCAUAAUUUUAUUAUUUUAAUUUAUCAUAUAUAAUGCAUUUCUUUACCUUUUUUUUUAAAAAGCUAAAUACAAGAUUAUGCAUGAAAAACUGUACAAAUGUAUCAAACUUAUAUUUUAUUUUUAGUCCCAGAACAUUUUUAUCACCACGUAUAUAAAGACAUCCUAGACGUUUAUUCCUUAGUAUACCUUUGCUUGAAGAUAAAUAUUUAACAUAAAAUUUGAAAAAUGUGAGAACUUGAGUUUUCAUUCUUUAUUCAGGGUUAUCUUGAGAUUUCUAGAGAUUUCUAUCAUCACCCCUAACUAGACUUCUGUGACGGGAACCUCUACUGAUUAGCCAGUGAAUGGACGUGAUUUUGAAGUAUCUAUGUCUGACGUUGCAAUUUGAUGUAUUAACCGGUGUAAAUUUGUAGAUUUUGACGAUCUUGUUAAAUGUUGUGAGAAGAAGUUUAACUUUUAACACAUCUUCUGAUGUACAGUGGAGAAGGCACACUAUUGUUGGGAACUAACCAAAUCAUGACAUUUGAACCAAUGAAAAAAAUCUUUAAAUCAUUUUGCAACUUCUGUGUAAAGUCUGCAGUUUGUGGACUAUGGUUGAUAUUAAUAAAAAGAACAUGUAUAUGGAUAUAGAUGAAUUAUUUUUGCUCACCUCAGUGUAUAGUCGUAGCUUGUGCUACUGUGGAAGCACUAGAUUUCUGGGGGGGGGGGGGGGGUGUCAAUUAUUGUGACGUUCAUGGGUACUCCUAUCGCAUGAAAUUCAAACUACAAUGAAAAACAAUUCAUAGGAAGCUUCAAUGGACAAAAACCAUGUUUGCAAAAUUACGUCUCUGUAAAUACUUGGCAAUCCUUGAAAAUUGGCCUCCACAAAUUUAAAUGAUUUCUUAAUAUACCCUCUGUUUUUUAUAUUACUGUAAGAAUCUAUGGUUAAUUUGCACAGGAACCUGUUUCUGUAAAUGACUUAUGACCUGUGUAUACUAAUAAUUAUUACAGGUGCCUGUGUUAAUUUGGUAUGUUUAUUCCUGAGUGGGUAUGAGGUCUCCCUUGUCUAAGCUACGUGCUACACUGUACUGACAUGCUACACUACACUGUACUGACAUGCUACACUGUCCUGACAUGCUACACUGUACUGACAUGCUAAAUUGUCCUGACAUGCUACACUGUACUGACAUGCUACACUGUACUGACAUGCUAAAUUGUCCUGACAUGCUAUACUGUCCUGACAUGCUACACUGUACUGACAUGCUACACUGUACUGACAUGCUAAAUUGUCCUGACAUGCUAUACUGUCCUGACAUGCUAUACUGUCCUGACAUGCUACACUGUACUGACAUGCUACACUACACUGUACUGACAUGCUACACUGUACUGACAUGCUACACUACACUGUCCUGACAUGCUACACUGUACUGACAUGCUUCAUUGUUGCACAUGACUAAUAUCUUUGGGAUCAAUGAACAAGUUAAUUAGUUUUCUGGGAAACAUGAUACAUCUGUGAUUGCAUAUUAUCAGAGGUGAUUUGGACAGUGCAUGCAGGAUGGGUCACCAUUUCAUGACAAGGUUUCGAUGCAAGCUCAUUACCCAAGUAUUUUUAAGAGACCCAUCUUUAACAAAGUUACUUCUCUGAAUUUUGAAUGUAGGGAUGAAUACUUGCUUUGCUCUGUGCUACCAAUAUUUUUCAGAUAAGUAUUCAUGUUCAAACUUUUUGGUACAAGUUUAUUAUUACAAAGUCAAUGUUGAUCGCACUUGCAGGGACCUUAAAUGCAAGGAUCCUGCAUGCGACACCUAUUCCUGUAGCAAAUGGUGUAACUAUAAAAAGGAAAAAGCUUCAUUUGGUGUUGGACCUAUUCCUAAUGUAUAGGUAAUAUUCAUUGAGGUGAGCUUAUAUAUGUGAUUAUUCACCACCCACCAAAUGCCUGCACCCUGUUUUAUUCUAUGUAUUACCACACCAAGGUUGAACUUUUAUUUGUUUACCUUAGACACCGUCUCUGAUAGAGAAUUGUUUAAUGUUAAUGGUGGUCCUGGGAGUAAUCAUGGUAAUAGUACAUGUAAUUGUUGAUUUCAUAUAACCAUAAUUAUAUCAUGUGAUUAUUGUAUGUGUUUGUAAUUUUUUUUAAAUUUUGUCCAAGAUAUUUGUAUACAUUUACUUGUUACAUGGAUUUGUUAAAUGAAUAGAAUAUGAAAUUAAAACUUGAAAAAUUUGAAA